GACAGUCGCUCCGACCGGAAGUCGUCCCCUCUCACGCCGACCUGCCGUUUGAAGCUGCGACGACGACGUUGCACCUUUAUAUCGUGUUCCUGUGACGGAGCCACGCAGCGUUUGGACCCGGUGAGACAUCAUCCACAGGACGGACAGAGGAGACAGGAUGUUGAACUGCAGCCCAUGGGCUCUUCUUCCGCUCACACACUGUGUGCUCACCACUGCUGGACUGUGGCUGGUAUACUUUAUUGCUGUGAGUGAUGAGCGUAUAGCACCACUGGGUUCAAAAUACAGGAGAAGAAAUGGAUCCUUUUAUCCUCCAUACAUCAGUAUUGCCGGCAACUUUCCACCAGCCAGCUGCUUCUUCAGCGAGGUCAUGAACUUGUCUGCGUUUCUGGGGUUCAUUAUCGCCGUCCUCAGAUACCUUCAGCUCAAACCAAUAAUAAAGAGACCGUGGCUGAACGUCGGGAGUCUGGUGGUUUUCUCUAUCGGCUGCUUUGGAAUGACGCUCGUAGGAAACUUCCAGCUGUUUGCCGAUGAGAUUAUACACAAUUUAGGCACCUUCAUGACAUUUGGACUGGGAACGCUGUUCUGCUGGGUGCAGUCCUAUAUCACCCUGAAAGUGGACAUGAACAACGAGGGGAGGAAGGCUGCUAUCAUUCGUUUCCUGUUGUCUGCAUCCGUCUCCGGCUGCAUGAUCCUCUACUUCUCCCUGAUGGCUGUGGGCCUCCACAUGCAAGCAGCUCAGUGCCAGUGGGCGCUCGUCAUGUUCUUCCUCGUCUUCCUCGGCACUUUCGCCAUCGAGUUUCGUCUCAGCCGCUUUGACGCCGUGUGCAAAAACGGCUCCGGGGUCCUGUGAGCCUGUCGAGAGACUUUCUGUUACAGUGUUACGCUCUCUGACGCUUUUAAGAUCCUCAUGUAUAAUUUGCAUGAGAUUUAAAAUGAACCCACAACAUAUUUUAAGAUGCAUUUAUUCCAUCUGAACAAGCUGUAAGUGUUUUUUUACGCCACUUAUUUACACCUUUUGUUACCAUUAGUGACAAUCACUACUAUAUGUAUUCAUGUUUUAAAACUACACCAAAAAUCUGCUUCGUGCGCUUUUUUAUACGUAUGCAAGGAUGUUUUCAGCUUUCUUGCAAUACUUUUUCAACAUUAUAGACCUCUAGAUUAUUUUUGUAACUUUUUUUCAAAUGUUUUGGUGGAUUGUGUGAAUCAACAGUUGCAGAUCUUUAAAAUGUAACUUUGCACAAGACGCAGUCAGUAUCAAUAAAAAUACAGGAAAGUG